AUGCUGUUGAGUUUCCUUGCAUAUUCUUGCAUUAACUUGACUGUAUUGAUUGAAUUACAUUCGUUCACUCUACUUUUUCUUGACUAUUAUCUUAAAAAUCCUCUUGGAACACUUUAUAAUUUGGUUUUUGAGGACUAUAACUAUUUUAAAGGAUCUUGGGAACCUUUUGGCUUUAUUAGUUUUCUUGAUAUUGGGAAACGUGUGGACAUUGGAAUUGUUUUUAUACCCUUAUGUAUUGCUAGGGCAAUGGCAUAUGAACCACUUGUAGGUCAUUUAGUCUUCAAUAUUAAAUUGACAUUGUUUCAUAGUGUUAGGGAGCAUGUUUUCCUUUUCGCUGUUUUCCUGUUUCAGGGUAUUGGCUUGAAAGAGAAUUUUCUAGGUGAAGCUUUAAGUUGGCGCGCUUCUCAAUACAUAACACUAUCAAGAUCCUCUGCUGGUAGUGGAAGAAUGUUCCAUCUUGGUAAACUGUCAUGCCACUUGUGUUUUGGCCUGGAGAUGUUUUUGUUCAGUGUGUUAGAUGACUUCAUUUCAGACCUAUUACAAAAAGAGUUGGAUGUACCAGACCGGUUGCAAAGUCCUGAAUCUGAGAGCCAGCUGAGAGGCGACUUAGAAAAAAGAGAGGUGGUUCUGUUGUCUUUAAGGAAUGAUGCUGACAAGGAUGGAAGAGUAAAAGAUGAGAAGCACAAGGAUGAGAGAUACAAAGACAAUGUAUCGAGAAGACAUGGGACCAUUGAAGACAAGUACCGAGAUGCUAAAUUGAGAAGUGAACGACCAGCAAGAGAUCAUGCUAAUAGUAAGUCUAGCGAGAAGGGAGCGCAGUGUGAUCGAGAUCGAGAGUGGGAUUGUGACUUGGAUUUGGGACGUGAUCGAGAACGUGAACGUUAUCGUGACCAUUAUCGAGAACGUGAUCGCAAUCGUGAUCAUGAUUAUGACUGUGACCGUGAUUAUGGUCAUGAUUGGGAUCGAGACCGAGAUCAUGGUCGAGAACUUGAUCACCGUGACAGCAAUUGGGACAAGGAUAGAGACCGAGAUCGUGACCGUGGCCGAGAUAUUGAUCAUGACCGUGAUGGAUUACAUCUCGAUGAUCUGAUUGCUACACACAAAGAUGGCAGGGUAAGGAAGAGAUCCCUUGAUGAUCGAGAUGAUGGUAAUGACACUAAAUCUAGAGGUAAGAAAUCAUACUAUUCUGACUUGGAAAACAAAUCAUUGAUGAGUGGUAGAGUUGAGUUAGAUGCAGAUAGGGGAAGGUCCCAGUCACGUCAAGCAAAUGUUGAUGCUGUUGUUGGCAGCAGCAAAAGGAGGAGUUCUCCCAGCUCGAGUUCCUAUGGUGGCGCUGAUGAGUAUAGACUUUUGAAACAGGAAGAUUCAAAGUUUAGAGAUUCAAUGACGGAGCAGAGGUCCAAAGCAGCUUCAUCAAGAGAGGUAACUAGCCUUUCUGGAGCAUCUGAGAGAGGUGCUAAAUACAGAUCUUUGGAGAAAUCUAGUAGAGUGGAGGAGGGCCAUUCUGGGGAGUUGCCAACUGAGAGGUCCUCAAGUUCAAAAGCUUCACCAAUGAGUAUGAUAGAAAGAUCUCCUUCUUCAACAAGUCUUGAGCAUAGAUAUAUGAUUAGAAGUGGUGUUACGCGGAGCCUUGACAGAGAGGAGACUGGAUGGAGGAGCAGUGCCUCCAUUGGUGGCGAGGAUAGGCUAAGUCGAGACUUACCUCUUGAGAAGCCUCUUUUGGAUGAAUCCUCUCGAGCAGAUUCCACCUUUUAUAGUAGAGCUGGUCAGGGCAACUCAUCUUUGAUUCUGCAGCCACCUGGUUUCAGAGCAGGAAUUGGGAGCCCUUCUUUCAUGGCUUCUCUGGAAGAAGAUAAUAGAAUUAAUAUCACCGGCCGUUACAAGAGGAGCAGUGAUAUGAAUGUUGGAAGAGGGGCAAAUGCCUGGCGGGCUGCCCCAAACUGGCCAUUACCUGUUCCAAAUGGCUUCAUCCCAUUCCAACCUGGGCCACCCCAUGGUGGUUUUCAAGCUAUGAUGCCACAGUUUCCAUCUCCAUCUAUGUUUGCUGUUAGACCCUCCAUGGAAAUUAAUCACUCUGGGAUUCCAUAUCAUAUUCCUGAUGCUGAAAGGUUUCCUUACCAUUUGCGCCCAAUUGGCUGGCAGAAUAUGAUGGAUGGCUCUGGUCCAACCCAUUUGCAUGGUUGGGACGGAAAUAAUGCUGUUUUUAGGGAUGAAGCACACAUGUUUGGUGGUCCUGAAUGGGACCAGAAUGGGCAUCCAAUGAACAGUCGGGGAUGGGAUACGAGUUCAGAUGUGUGGAAAGGGCAAAAUGGUGAUUUUGACUUGCCUCAACAUCUCAGAAAGAGGAUUAUCCUGUGCAGGCCCCUCUUGAUGUUUUGUGAUGGACAGGAACAUCAGACACCACAAUAUGAAAAUAGCCAUAGUGAUGUUCAGGUGAAAAGCUUGGAAAUAAGAUCUAAUGUCAUGUCACCAGUGAAAGAAUCUUCUAGAUUUUCACCUGAGAUUCCGCACAAGUCACCUAAUUCUUCCAAAAUGUCAAGUAAUGAUGAUGCUGCUCAUUAUUGCCAGGUUUAUCUUUCUAAACUUGACAUCUCAACAGAACUUGCUGGUUCUGAGUUGUAUGAUCAGUGUAUGAGCUUACUGAAUGUGGAGCAAAGUAAAGAUUUGGUUAAAGAUGUAACAAUGCUUGUGAAUUUGAAGAAUGGUGGACGAGCUGUACAAAAAUCUUCCAUUGCUGUGCGUAGCCCUUCACUCAUUCCAGCAACUAAUGCUUCUGUUUUUCAGAAAGCCAUGGACCUCUACAAGAAGCAGAGGCUACAAAUGGAUACUAUGCCAAAUGUCAAUGGUGGAACGUUAGCAGUUAUUUCAGCAUCCAAUCAGGAGAAAGGGAAGGAACAAAGUUCUGAUCUUGUUGUAGAAGAAACAGAGGAGCCAGUUUUGACUUCUGAUGCAGAAAUGCUGGAUUCAGCAAUGCCAAAUUCAGAUCAGCAGAAAGGAGAAGCUGUUCCAACUGCUUAUUCUCAGGAGAAUAUGGAGCAACUAGUUUCAGUUCAAAGCGGAGAGUUGCCAGAUCAUGUGGAUAGCCUUCCUCCAGAGAAAUCUCAACUGUCCAAUAUUGAUAUUGGUCAGAGGACCCCAGAGGUGUCUGAACCAGUUUUGAAUGGUAAUGAGGUGGAAGAGAUUAAAUCCGAACAGGUGAUUUUGGGGGAUGUAGUUGGAGAAUCUUUCCAGUCACUGGAUAAUGCAUCAGAGGCUGUUGUUUUGCCCACUGAUGGUGAAAAUUCAAAAGAAAUAAACAAAACUGAAGGUGAUAAUUCUGUCUAUAGUUGCAAGGAAAGACAGGAUUUUGGGGAUGCAAUUAGUGGUUCUUUAUUUUUGUCAGAUGGUUCUCCUAAGGUCUCCGGGGCUUUGAUUCCUGGGUCAAAUGAGUCUGAGUCCUUAAUUUUAAGUCGGAUACAUCAUUCUCCUGAAAAUACACAUUGAGGCAAUUUCUAUAUCCUUGUUCUUUAAUGCGCUUUGGUUAAUUUAAUUU